CAGUGGCUGUGUGGUGAUACCACUUCCUUCCUGUGAAGCUGAUUCAUCUGACCUACUUUAUGGUUUGACCCUGAUUUGUGUUUUUGGCAAAGACUCUCGUUCAACCACGCAAUUAUCUAAGGCUGUAUCUGACUGUGGAGAGAUGCAAAAACAAGAUUUGCUAUGUGAAUUCUCAUUGGCACAUUUCAAAUUGACAGAAGAGUUUUGUUGCUUUGCAGACUGGUUGAGUUGCUGACCUGGAAGAUUAUCCAAUGGCAGACCAAAAUAUGGACAUAUCCUCAACAAUAAAUGAUUUUAUCUCGACCGAUCCAACAGGAUUGAUAUCAUGCUCCUUGGGCACAGGAGGGAUGGACUUCAACAGGAAAAGGAAAGGAAGUUCCACAGAUUAUCAGCUUGAUGGCUUCUCAUUUGAGGACAGUAUGGACACAGACAAAGAAGACCAGCAUAGCAGGAUGGAAUGCACAGACCAACACGGGAGAGUAAAACAUGCCAGAGAGGCCCACAGCCAGAUUGAAAAGCGGCGGCGGGAUAAGAUGAACAGCUUCAUUGAUGAGUUAGCGUCGAUGGUUCCAACAUGCAAUGCCAUAUCCAGGAAACUGGAUAAGCUUACUGUGCUUCGAAUGGCCGUGCAGCACAUGAAGACACUCCGAGGACCUACCAAUGCUUACACAGAAGCUAACUACAAACCUGCCUUUCUGUCAGAUGAUGAGCUGAAACAUCUUAUUCUCAGGGCAGCUGAUGGAUUUCUUUUUGUUGUGGGGUGCGACAGAGGAAAGAUACUUUUUGUGUCUGAAUCAGUCUUCAAAAUCCUCAAUUACAGUCAGACUGAUCUGAUUGGCCAGAGCUUGUUUGAUUACCUUCAUCCAAAGGACAUCGCCAAAGUGAAAGAGCAGCUCUCCUCGUUCGACAGUGCGCCAAGGGAAAGGCUAAUAGAUGCCAAAACUGGCUUGCCGGUGAAGACUGACAUAACUCCUGGACCCACCCGACUGUGUUCAGGAGCAAGGCGCUCCUUCUUCUGCCGGAUGAAGUGCAACAAACCAUCAGUCAAGGUGGAGGACAAGGACUUCUCUUCAAACUGCUCCAAGAAGAAAGCCGACCGCAAAAGCUUCUGCACCAUCCACAGCAGUGGCUACUUGAAGAGUUGGCCCCCCACAAAGAUGGGAUUGGAUGAAGACAAUGAAGCUGACAACGAGGGCUGCAACCUGAGCUGCCUUGUGGCCAUUGGCCGUCUACACCCACACAUCGCCCCGCAGCCAGUCAGCAGUGAUAUCAGAGUCAAAUCAACAGAGUACGUUUCCCGGCACGCAAUAGAUGGGAAGUUUGUCUUUGUGGAUCAAAGGGCAACGGUGAUUCUGGGAUAUCUGCCGCAAGAGUUGCUAGGAACCUCGUGUUACGAGUACUUCCACCAAGAUGAUAUCGUGCAUCUUGCAGAGUGCCAUCGACAAGUAUUACAGAGCAGAGACAAGUUCACCACCAGCUGCUAUAAGUUCAGGAUAAAGGAAGGUUCCUUCAUCACACUGCGCAGUCACUGGUUCAGUUUCCUGAAUCCAUGGACCAAGGAAGUCGAAUAUAUUGUUUCCACGAACACAGUUGUCUUUGCCAGCUCUCUGGACAGAGGGGACUCUGCCAAUCUACCGCUCGCCAACACUCCGCCCAGCGUGGACAGCGUGCUGCAGUCUGGAGAAGCUAGUUCAAAGCAUGUUGUCACUGCUGUUCCCGGCAUUCCCGGGGGAACCCGUGCCGGAGCAGGGAAGAUCGGGCGGAUGAUAGCUGAAGAGGUUUUGGAGCAACAAAGGAUGAGAGGAUCGUCCUCUUCGAGCUGCAGUUCCAGUCCUCUGAACGUCACCAGCACACCGCCCCCUGACGCAACUUCUCCAAUCGGCAAGAAGAUUAUGAAUGGCACAUCGGACAUGCCUACUACAGGAGGACAGCCUGGGCAAAUGACAGAAGGAACAGGAUAUCUAUACACUGACAACUCUCUACUCAGUGGCAGCUCUCACCUGGGUAUCGUUGAGGAGGAUCGCUCGGUGAGCAGUCCCAGUAACGACGAGGCAGCCAUGGCGGUGAUCAUGAGUCUCCUGGAGGCCGAUGCUGGGCUUGGCGGUCCGGUUGAUUUCAGCGACUUACCUUGGCCCCUCUGAUCAUCCCCAUGCCGACAGCUUGCGGAGCUCGACUUGGACUGAUUCGCAGAACACUGAAUGUGGAUGGAGCUGCUCUUGGCUGCUAAGUGUGUGUGCGUGUUGUGUUUGCCUACAUGUUGCACAGAGCUGAAACUAUUGUAUCUGGAUCCCACAGGCCACAUACCCUGCCUUUGCAUCAUCCUCGAUAAAACUGGCAUUGAACUUGCUCAGUUAUCAGCUACUGAUGUGUACGGAGGACAUUUUAAGCUUUGCACAAUUAUAUUUUUGUGGCUUUCUGGAAUCUAAUUCAAAGAGUGUUCUUCUGCAAAACUAAAUGUUAAAGUAGGGGUUUAUUUUUGCUUCAUGUUCUAUUUCAGACACAUGUACAGAUAUUUAUCAUCGUAGCUGUGAAAUGUUGCUUUAAAGCUGCAGAGUUUAGCCUGUUUGUACAGUAUUUUUUAGAGGAAUCAUGUAUAAAAGAGAUCGUCAUCUUUUAAACUUAAACUAUUUGUAUAUAUUGUGUAAACAGAAUUUGUACCGAUACUUCUCUAACCUCUUGCCCCAUCCCAGGUGAGUUUGCUUCAACAGGGAUGUGCUGCUUUCUUUCUGUACAUACAAAACAUUUAAUUUAUUCUCCAAUCUCUUCUUUGCUCGAACAUUGGUCUGCUGUUAACAGAUUUAACAUUUUACCUGGAAAUUCUCCACUUCUUGUAAGUUGUUUCAAUGUUCUUUAUUGCAUAUUUUUAAAGAAAAGCAGGAUAUAUAAUAAAGCAAACAGAAGCUAUUAUCAGCAUGUUGUGUUUCAACAAAGAACGGGGGAUUAAACAGCCGAGACAUUUGUGCCAGGUUGUUGCAUACGGCAAGAACAUGCAGAGGAAAUUCAACAUUACACACCAGCCAUUUUGGAGUAGUGGGUGCAGUACUGGCCACUGUGUUACAGGAAGGAUGGGGAGGCUUUGGAGAGGGUACAGAACUGGUUCACCAGGAUGGAAACUGGUUCAGAAGGUAUUGGUUAUAAGGAAAGGAGACACAAUAGAAGUUUAUAAAAUUAAAAGGGAGUCUGUCAGAAUCUUUUUCCCAGGAUGGAAAUGCCAAAGAUUAGAGGGCAGAGUUUGUCUGGGGGGAAAAAGUUUAAAGAUGUGUGGGACAAACUUUCUUUACACAGAAAGGUGGGUGCCUGGAAUGCACCUGGAAUGCAAGUGCCUGGUGGUGGUGGAGGCAGAUCCGAUAGUGGUGUUUAGAUAGGCACAUAGAUAUGCAGUGAAUCAUAACUCUACACAGUACUUCUUCACAGACUGUAAAAGGAGCAAUAAAUCCACCCAUCUUGCAAUCUCACCCUGCUGUGAUGCACUGCAGGAUAAACAUGUUAAAUACAUUGAAAGUGGGCGAUUGUUCAGCAAGUUCAUUUAUGGAGUUAUGAAUUGAUUUAUGGAAUGGGAAGUUUCUGUUGCAUAAGUAUUUAAAAAAAUUAGACUUCAACCUUUUCAUGGGGGGGAUGAAUGGAUUGUCCUGCAUUAUAACAGUAUUUCAUUAGCUCUUUGGAAGAACAGCCAAAGUGUUGACAGCUGCCAUGAAUGGAGACUGCUUUGACGUAGUGACCCUCAGGCAACUUGAUCCUUUGCUUGCUACAAAUUUCCCGCAGGAUAUAGCAGUGUUGAGAUUAUUUUGACAAGCAUAUGGAACUGACAAUUGCUGACAGACAAGCUGAUACUUUGGGACCCGCGUGAUGGAUUUGCGGUUGCGGUGGGACUCCAGGCACCUUCUGCGGGGUGGGAUAGACACAAAGUACUGGAGUAACUCAGCGGGUAGGCAGUAUCUCUGGAGAAAAAGGAUGGAUCAGGUCUCGACCCUCAACGUUACCCUUCCUUUUUUCCCCCAGAGAUGCCGCUUGAUCCGCUGAAUUACUCCAGCACUCUGUCUAUCUUCCUUUCCACACAUUCUGCUGGGUGGGAACUGUUUUGUUAGCAAUGCCUGACUGGUUGAGCAAAAUGCCUUGAUUUAACCACACGUUGCCCUUGGCCUAUAACGCCAGGAAUCCACAUUUUUGACUUGUAAAUGAUGCGGCAAACUGUCAGGUUGCAUCAAGCUUGGUUUGGGAAUAGCUCUGUCCAAGCCUGCAAGAAAUUGCAGAGUUGUGGAUCACACAGACCCGACUUGCGACUAUCGACUCCAUCUACAUUUUACACUGCCUCAGAAAAACAGCCACGAUAAAGACUUGUUCCACCCUGAUCAUUCCUCUUCCUCCCUGCUCCCGUCUGCCAGAAGGUAAGGAAGCACAUGCCACCGACUCAGGAACAACUUUUUCCCCUCCAUUAUCAGGCAACAUUAUCUAGAUGUGGCCCUUGUGGCUAAAGGGAUCAGGGGGUAUGGAGAGAAGGCAGGUACAGGAUACCGAGUUGGAUGAUCAGCCAUGAAUGGGCGGUGCGGGCUCAAAGGGCCGAAUGGCCUACUCCUGUACCUAUUUUCUGUUUCUGAAUGAUCCUUCCAUAAUCUAGGGUGCUGUUCGAUUCACCUCUGCCCUAUUGGGGACAUUGGACUUUGUCUAAGGAACUGUUUAACCACAAUACUGAACACUAUAAUCUGCCUUCUACCCCAUUGCUCUAUCUAUUGUACUUGAGUUUGGUGUGAUUGUACCUAUGUAUGGUAUACACAAUCUGUCUGGAGAGCAAAAAGGCUUUUCACUGUACCUCGAUACAUUCAACAAUAAUAAACCUAAGCCCUUAUAAAUGGUUCUCAAGAGCUUUUCCCCAAUUCUUCAACCACUUCAAUCCCUGUCCCCCACUUGCAUAUCUCCAUGGAAACUAGGUUCUUCCUUUGUGUUGUGUAGACCCACUCAAUUCUGCACACCAGUUGCAUCUUUCCUUUCUGAAGAGGCCCUGGCUUUGCCGAUUUCUCUGCUCAAUGCAAAUUAGCAGGUCCUGGCACUACACACCCACGUGACCAGUUAGGAGCCUAACUAAUGUUUUAAAUCGUUCUACAGUGACAAACCUCUGACUGCAAACUAUCCAGCAACCUUCAGGGAUCUGAACAAAUGCCAAGAUGCCUUCGAUCCUAUACCCGUGAUACAUUGGCACAGAUUGUGUGCGCCUUUGACUUGUUUGUCAACAUCAGCGCUAGUACGUAUUUGUGAGCAUGAAUAUCUUUUCUGCUUGCAUGUUAUCUCUUCAUGCCUUACCCAUUCUUUUGUAUUUCUCUUUAUGUA